GCGGGGCAGCCUGCCAGCUGGCGGGGGCGGGACCGCGCAUGCGCGUUUUUAAGUCCAUGGGUCACCUGCGCACGUGCGCGCCGGCAGCAAGGAUGGGCGGCGGUUGCUGGCGAGGAGCUGGGGGCCCUGCGGGAGCAGCCGGUUCUCGCGCACCACGUGGCUGGAGGCUACGCCCCGAAUCCUUGCGUACCAUCCUGCCCGUGGGUCCCUUCUGCCUGGCGCGGGGCAGACCUGCUCGCGCCAACAUUGUGCGUGCGGCGCCUCGGGAGGGAGCGGCGUCGUGACCGCUCGGGGCGAAGCCCAAGAUGCCUGGCGCCUCCCCAGGGGCCGAGACGGGUCCAGGCGGCCAGGCCCGAGGUGCUGCUCCGUCCUGCCGAGCUUGCGCCGGUCUCCGAAACUCGAAGGAAGGAAGGCAUUGUGAAGCUGAAGCCUCACGAGGAGCCACUCCGUUCCGAGAUUCUCAGUGGAAAGUUCACCAUCUUGAAUGUUCGGGACCCCACAGGAGCCUCCAUUGCUCUCUUCACUGCCAGGCUACAUCAUCCCCACAAGUCAGUCCAGCACGUGGUCCUUCAGGCUCUGUUUUACUUGCUAGACAGAGCUGUGGACAGCUUUGAAACUCAAAGGAAUGGAUUGGUGUUUAUCUAUGACAUGUGUGGUUCUAAUUAUACCAAUUUCGAACUGGAUCUUGGCAAGAAAGUCCUGAACCUGCUGAAGGGAGCAUUUCCGGCUCGCUUGAAGAAGGUGCUGAUUGUGGGCGCUCCCAUCUGGUUCCGAGUGCCCUAUUCUAUCAUCAGCCUCCUCCUGAAGGACAAAGUCCGCGAGAGGAUUCAGAUAUUAAAGACAUCCGAGGUCACCCAGCACCUACCCAGGGAGUGCCUUCCAGAAAACCUGGGUGGGUACGUCAAAAUUGACCUCGCCACUUGGAAUUUCCAGUUCCUACCCCAGGUGAACGGCCACCCAGAUCCCUUCGAUGAGAUCAUCCUGUUCUCCCUCCCUCCUGCCUUAGACUGGGACUCAGUACAUGUUCCAGGUCCCCAUGCCAUGACCAUCCAAGAGCUGGUGGAUUAUGUGAACACCAGGCAGAAGCAGGGAAUAUAUGAGGAAUAUGAAGACAUCCGCCGUGAGAACCCCGUCGGCACUUUCCACUGUUCCAUGUCCCCAGGAAACCUGGAAAAGAACCGUUAUGGAGAUGUACCCUGCCUGGACCAAACCAGAGUAAAGCUGACGAAGCGAAGUGGCCAUACUCAGACAGAUUACAUCAAUGCCAGUUUCAUGGAUGGCUAUAAGCAGAAGAAUGCUUACAUUGGUACACAAGGCCCUUUGGAGAACACUUACCGGGAUUUCUGGCUCAUGGUGUGGGAGCAAAAAGUCUUGGUGAUUGUCAUGACCACUCGCUUUGAGGAAGGUGGAAGGAGAAAGUGUGGCCAGUACUGGCCUUUAGAGAAAGACUCUCGGAUCCGAUUUGGCUUCCUCAUGGUGACCAAUCUUGGCGUGGAGAACAUGAACCAUUAUAAGAAAACCACGCUGGAGAUUCACAACACAGAGGAGCGGCAGAAACGCCAGGUGACCCACUUCCAGUUCCUGAGCUGGCCAGAUUAUGGCGUGCCUUCCUCAGCAGCUUCCCUCAUUGACUUCCUGAGGGUGGUCAGACACCAGCAGAGGCUGGCCGUGAGCAACCUGGGUACACGUGCCAAAGGGCAGUGCCCUGAGCCCCCCAUCGUGGUCCACUGCAGUGCAGGCAUUGGCAGGACAGGUACCUUCUGCUCACUGGACAUCUGCCUGGCACAGCUGGAGGAGCUUGGCACCCUUAAUGUGUUCCAGACGGUGUCACGCAUGAGGACCCAGAGGGCCUUCAGCAUCCAGACCCCUGAGCAGUACUAUUUUUGCUACAAGGCCAUCCUGGAGUUUGCAGAGAAGGAGGGCAUGGUAUCCUCUGGCCACAAUCUGCUGGCCGUGGAGGGUCAGUAACCCUCCCCCGAGCCUCCCACCUGCUGGCCAGCCUUCCUUAGGCCACCCUUGGACACCGUGAGCCUCAGGUUGCCAUCAGUUAUGCUGAAGCCAUGGAUCAACCUCCUUUUCUUGUCUCCCGGCACACACCUGCACGCAAGGCAGUCUUUCCUUUGGCUAGAUAAAUGUGGUGACGUUGCCACUAGAAAGGGCCAGCAGCAAUGUGUUCUUAAUUCCUAGCACCUGCUAUCAAACUGUGCCUUAUUAAAACCAAAUUGUGGCUAUUGAUUUUUGCCAGGGGCCCCGAGGUAAGUGGGUAAGGACCUCCCGUCCCCUGCCCAUCGCCAUUCUCUUCCUGGAGGUCUCCUUUCUCCCACUCCUUCCCUUUGCUAGGAUUUCACGGGGAGGGCUGGUGGGCUUCUGCCUUCCUCCCCAGAGAGCUUGACCAAGUUACAUAUUCUAGAGAUCGUCCUGAGUGCCAAGCAUGUUUCUACGUAGGGCGUGUAUUCCAGUGUCUUCUGUCCUUCCUCCUGUGUGUGUGCGUGGAUGUAUGUGCACUUCUGUGUAUGGGUCCACAUGUAUGUGUGUAUAUAAUAUAUAUUGUAUGUGAUAAUAUGACCGUAUUCUAUAAAUACAUAUACACACAGCUACUCCUUCGUAAACGUUCCUGGGGCUCCAUGUUGCAAUUCCGAAUUCCUUUCCUCUUGGAUCCUACUGUUUGUCCUGGACUAGCUGGGGUUGGGGAUCAUGUCUCUUGCUGUCACACUGCAGAGUGGGAAAGAGGACACACACACAUCUCCGUGCUCCAGCCACAGGCCCUCAUGCUUACGUAGUGACUUAUCUGGAUGCUGCCUGUUGGAGUCAAGGAUAUUGGUUUGUGGUGACACUGGGUUGACUCUGCAUGGUUUUUCUCUGUUUACUUGGCCAUUUUGGGAACAGACCUCCACUGUGAUCCAUCCCCUCACUUCCUCUCACUGCCCCAGAGAUGGAGACCAGGGGUAGAGAUGAACUCACUGGCUAGCCAGAGCCCAAAACAAUCGGUACGAAGUCUUAGAAGGAAAGAAGGGAGCCCAGGUGUGCGAAGAAACUAUUAUGAGACUCCCUUCCCAGGAGGAUGAGCUGGAUGGUUCCUUUCUUUAUGCAUCCUGGCUCUGGCUAGUGAGAUACCCGUCUCUCCUGCCUCUGAGCCUGCCAGACCCUGGAGCUCAAAGCUGGGUGGGUUGUGUGCCAAUAAGCUUGAUCCCCUGACUGGGUGAGGUGGUCCCCUGCAAUCACUGUUUGUCGCCUGCCCACCCAAUGUGUCCCUGCCUGCUCCCAGCCCACUCACCCUGUGGUGCCAGGGAAGGAAUCAAGUCCUCAGCAUGUCACAUUACCAUGAAAAUACCCAGAACCCCUAAGUCUUCCCCCAUCACAGAAGAGGUUGGUAGCUGAUCAGACCUCAAUAAUUUUAUACUGUAAUAAGUGCUUUGAAUGUGUAUAUUCUUAUUUUUUACAGUCAUUUCAUUUUGUAUUUAACAUCAAUGGACUGAGUCAGAUUCAGAAAAUAAUUGUAAUGUUCAUAUUCAAUAUCUUACAGUGAUACAGUUUUGUAUUUACAUAUAAAUAUACCAACAUGAUCAAAAC